AUGGUUGAAUUUAUACCAAGACCUUCCCCCAAAAACUGAUGCAUUGUUUUUCGACAUUCUAUCAUUCAUGAACUUGUGAACACUUUCAUUUGCCUUCUCUACUUUCUUUAUUAAUUACUAUCACGAGCAGGCCCUCGACAGCUGGCUACUUUACCACUCAAAUUAACUCACAAUCAUUGCACAAGCCAAGACAACUUUGAUAGUUUAAUUCCUCUCCGCAGCGCGGCUUACAUAUCAUUCUUUCUUAUUCAUCUUAUAUCUAUACGGCAUUCAGUCCUUAUAUCCUAAUAUAUCCAUCAUGAGAUUCUCAGUAAUCGCAGCAUUGUGUGCAGCACCAUUGGUAUUAGCCAGUAAUCUUCAACAUGACUUGGCUGGACGGGGAAUAAUUACACCGGAAUUUGCUGAGAGAUCGUCUGAGCUCGUUGGCAAUAAGAAGGAGAUCACCAUUAUACAAGCGAAGAGUGAAGAUAUCAUUAUUAUCUGGACCAACGAUGGCAAUGGAGCUGCAACUAAAACAGUUACCGAGACGAAGACUGUCGCCCAAGUAGCUGGCGCAACAGUAGCGCCAGCAGCACAGGCAACCCAUACCGUUGUAGUGGGAGGCGCCGCUGGAAAGGUAUAUACACCUGAGACGGUCAACGCUGCUAUAGGGGAUAUGAUCGUGUUCAAUUUCGAAAUGGCAAAUCACACACUCACACAAUCAGCUUUCACAACACCUUGUGAAAAGUUGGCUAGCGGUGGAAUGGACAGUGGCUUCGUGCCCAAUGUUAAUAAUACCAUCAGUCCACCCCCAGCAAUGGCUAUGCAAGUUAUGGUUGAUACUCCUCAAUGGUUUUACUGUCGUCAAGCCGGUCACUGCGGUUCAGGAAUGGUUUUCAGUAUCAAUCCCACUGCCGACAAAACUCAAGCACAGUUCAAAGCAAUGGCUGUUGCACAAAAUGGUACUGGAACACAGAGUGCCAUUCAAGGAGGAUCCUCUGCUGGCGGAGCCAGCAGUGGAACAUCUUCAAGUGCUGUUGCUUCGGCUGGCGCGGCAGUUUCUACCGCGUCAGUCGCUCCUGGGACUGGGACAGUUGGUGCUGAUGGAACUUGCUCAUGCAGUUGUCUUUGUGGACAAGCUGCCUUCCCAAAUGCUGCCGUACAGGGAGUUGGAAUGUUUGGUGGGGUUUCUGGUGCUAUGUCCAUGUCUUUACUAGAAAAGUAAAUGAAUGAAUGAGGGAUGAAAUCAUCACCUGUUCUUCUUUUCCUUCUCAGUAUAGAUUGACUACACGCAUAAUGUUAGAAUGGGGAAAAUAUGAGUUUGCUUUUUAUGAUAUGAUGGAAAGAGCAGUCGCCCAUAAGAGGCUUGACGCUUAGGAUAUGAAUAUGGGAAAACUUCAUGUAUAUGACUGGAUCGUAUGUAGGCUUGGAGUCUUUAGAUGUGUGUGAGAUGUCUUAAUAAUAGUUUUUU